UCAUCUUGAAAACCCCUGUUUUCUGGCAAACACUCUGAAUCUGGUCAACAUGCUGCUGAAGGGCUGCUGCAUCAUCUGGACUCUGCUGUGGGGCACCGCUGCUGCUGCAGUGUUUGUGGAGAAGCAUGAGGCCAACUUAGUCCUGCAGCGCUGGCGACGAGCAAAUAGCUUGUUUGAGGAGGUAAAACAGGGAAAUCUGGAGAGGGAAUGCAUUGAGGAGAUCUGCAGCUAUGAAGAGGCUCGGGAGGUGUUUGAGGAUGAAGAUCAGACGAUGCGGUUCUGGCAGUCAUAUGAUGGUCGUGACCCCUGCCUAAUCAACCCAUGUCAUAAUAAUGGGACAUGCAUUAAUCUGGGAAAUAGCCAAAAAUGUCAGUGUCUCGAUGGGUUUGAAGGACGAUACUGUCAGACAGUCUUUGAAGAUACCCUGAAGUGCCUUUACCUAAACGGGCGCUGUGAGCAGUUCUGUGAUGGCUCAGGAUCUAGACGUCGAUGUUAUUGUGCUGAUGGAUACGUGCUGGGAGACGAUGGACGACACUGUGUCCCCAAUGUGGAGUAUCCAUGUGGUCGGGUGGCUCCACCAGAAAUUGGACAAAACCAGACUGCAGUGAUUACUCCAAGGAUGGUGGGGACUUACCACUGUCCCAAAGGAAACUGUCCUUGGCAGGUUCUGGUUCAGUUAAAUGCAAAAGCUCACUGUGGAGGUGUUCUCAUCCAUCCAAAGUGGGUCAUCACUGCUGCACAUUGCAUCCAUGGCCAUGACCCCCAAAACCUGACUGUGGUAGCAGGGGAAUAUAACUUGGAUGUGGAAGAAGGCACAGAACAGGAGAUACCUGUUUCUUUGGCAAUUGCCCAUGAUAGUUACGUCUCAGCGACGGGUGACAGUGACAUUGCCUUGCUGCAGUUGAGCCAUGCUGUCAACUUGAACCAACACAUCAUCCCUAUCUGCCUGCCCACUAAAGAUUUUGCAACGCGGGAGCUGUUGCUACAACGUUACCACACUGUGUCUGGCUGGGGCAAGAGGACAACAGGGGGCAAUGGUAAGACUCUAGGUGCCCUGGUUUCCCCUGUCCUCCGCAUGAUGCCAGUCCCCAUCCUCCAGAACUCCAUGUGCUCCCUGAGAGCCAAGUUCAACCUCACUGAAAACAUGCUGUGCGCCGGAUAUCUGGAAGGACGCCAGGAGAGUUGCCGUGGAGAUGAUGGCAGCCCACUGGUGUCGCUGUUUGGCUCCACCCACUUUCUGACUGGUGUGGUUGGCUGGGGACGUGGUUGUGGGGCUGGGUAUUUUGCGGUGUAUACCAACAUGGCCAAUUUUGUGGAGUGGGUGGAGAAGACCAUGAAAAAUCCACCAUUGUCACCGUCACAUUCUCUCAUAAUGGUGGAACAGAAAAGAAAUUAGGAGAUUUAUUUUUCUUUGUUGUUUAUUUCUUUUCUGAAAAAUUUGAAACGUUAUCACUAAAAUGCUUUCAUUGAUCUUCCUGGUCUUGUCUGGUUUGUUUGGCUGAAAUGUUAAAAGUGAAGUAUUUCCAUAUGGUUUUCUUGAAAAUGUUAAAAAAUGGAGAGAAGCAGAAUAAAUGUUACUGUCAAAGAA